AUGUACGCUGCUCGCACCGUCGCAAAGCCAAAGCUCUCCUUGAGCAUCGCCGCCACACAAAACGCCCCCCGAUCCUCGCUUUCCCUAAAGUCGCCCGGCCUUCCUCGCACACCUAUCUCGCCAGUCAAUGCGGCCAGCCCGACAGUGCAGAGAUUCUCUUCCUUGCAAGUCCCACCCUACUCAUACAACAACUCCUGCUCGUCCAAGAGCAUUCUCAAGAAGCAGCCUGUCGCACGACACGGUGUCGCCGACAAGCGCAUCAAGUUCAAGGGCACACCGACUGUGCACUGCGUGACACCAAUCGAGAACCCGGAUGAGUAUUAUGGCAAGCAUACAAAGAUGUCUCGCGAGGAGCGCCGAUGGACAGUGCGCGAGUGA